AUGUCAGACUCUCCCCACCCCCGACAAGCGUCGCCUGGCCCGUUCCAGGAUGACAGCCUCAUCAACAACAUCCUCCCGUCCUACCAAAUGUACCAGUCGACGGUGUCCAAGAAGUUGACUCCCGAGGAGGAAAACUUCACGGUGGACCCGCCCAUGUACGAAAUGACUCCUGUCAGUUCGGCGGCUACCACGCCGUUCGUCACGCUUCUGUCGAUUCAGUCGCCAGUGGGCACUCCUGGCGACGCCACUCCUGCCAUCGACCACUUUCCGUUCAACGACGAGACGUUCAAUGAGCAGAGCGCUGACCUCUGGGAAAACACCAUUCUUGCCAACGUGCACAAGCUCCCCAACUUGGCCAAGUCCGACAACGCCAUCGCCCAGGGCCUCGACGUGGGCAUCCACGUCACCCAGGAGGUGUGCCAGAAAGGUGUCAAGCCUGUGCUCAUCGACCCAUCCAACCUCGAGUUUGCCCAACGCGACUACAUCCACGGCUACGUGACCAUCGUCAACCGUACGCCCCACCCAGUGACCUUCGACAUGGUGUACGUGGUGUUCGAGGGAACCAUGGUGGUGUUGGAGAACAAGAGGGGGUUGAUCGACACAGACAAGCAGAGCCAGGUGUUCAAGUUCUUGAACAUGCUCGACCUCUUUGCCUCGUGGUCCUACGCCAAUAUCGAUCGCUUGGUCACUGACAACGGCGACCCCCACGACUGGUGCCAUGGCGAAACAGAUCCCUACGACAACGCUGCAUUGUCGUUGGACUUGAAGCGUACCUUCCACCCCAACGUCACCUACAAACGCUACUUCACGUUCCGAGUGCCAGAAAAGCUCUUAGACGACUCGUGUGAAGCCCACAACUUGACCCGCCACACAGAGGUGCCUCCCAGCUUGGGCGUACCCCGCAACAUGGUGUCUCCCUCCAUGCUCUUGGCCAACAGAGACGCCCAAAUCCGCGACCUCUCGUUCAUCGACACCUCCAUCUCCUACAGCGUGGAGGCCAGAGUCAUUGGCAGGGCCCUGGAGUACAACUACAAGACCUCACACGACCAGUACGUCAUCGCCCAGGAGGCUAUCUGCCCCAUCCGAGUGAUUCCAAAGCAGUCUCCAGAAGUGUACUACAACAGCUCUGAGCUGCUGCACGGAACUACCACCUUCUAUAAGGCGUUUGUGGACGCCGUCCUUGAGAAAAUCGAGUUCGGACGUACCCUCCUCAAGGUUCCCGUCAGUCAGCGUGAAGAAAUAGCGUUGUCCCCAGUCAGCUCUCGCGAUUCUGGCUCCAACAACAAACUCCGUCACUUGUACGACGUGGCUGGCACCACCAUCAACUCCAGCCUCCAGUCCAAGAAGCAGUUCAGUGACGACUCCUACCAGUGCUUGAUCCCGUUCAAGAAGAAGUCGUUGACAGGAGGAACCAAGAUCUUGGGUAUCGUAUCACUUUCAACCCCCAAAACCCAAUACCACUCGUUGUACGUGCCUCCCAUCAAGUUCCGCACGGGUGCAGUGCCCCCAGUAUCGACUUUCGAGUUGAACAUCCCGUUAGAAUUGUCCUACUUCAUCGAAGGUGCGGCUUCUAGGGCCACCUUGCCAGAAAUCAAGUCAAUUACUCCUGAGUUGACCGUGCUUACCAUACGAUCCAAAAAGCAUUAUAUCCCCAUCGAGUUCAACCACGAGAUGUGCUUCCGAGACCAGGAAUUGGACUGGAAGAAAAAGGACUUGGACAACUUCGAUUCCAUCAUCAUCAAACAAUUCAAGGACUACCUUGCAGAAAUCACCAGCCAGAUCCAAACAGUGGGCAACGACCUCAUCAAGUUUGAGAGCCAGUUGUUCAAGGACGUCAAGGCACUUGCCUCGUUGCAGACAAAGUAUAUCAACUUGUCGGUACUGGAAAACGACGUCAAGUUCUAUGCCCGCUCCGAGAACAACUCGGGACUCCAUAACUCCAUCAAGACUAUACCUUGGGAAUUGGAGCACCAGGAAAAUUCCGUACACACGUUGUACUCCAAAAAGUUUGAAUUGAAAUUGAACCUCAACGAUUGUCAUUUGAAAGGUCACGAAAACAGAACCAACAAGGGCUUUGAUCACUUUACCUUGGUUCCAGACUUCCAGAACUGCUUGAUGGCCCGUAUGUACUAUGUGAAAAUCACUGCCAAAUUGAGCAGCGGUGACAGUUUGGUGGUGAACGUUCCAUUGACUAUCGAGAGCUGA